GCUGCAGCAGGUAUUAUCGAAGAGGAUGAUGUUGCUAAUUUGUUAGCUCUUCCCUUUUCAAGAUUAACUUUCAACAAGAAGUUAAGUUUCAAAUUAUUAUCAUCUGGUGAUUGGAACUGUGAUUUUUAUUGCAGCUGAAAUGCUGUUAGCCAUCUCUUUUAAAAUAACUUAUGUGUGUGAAACAUUGUUGCAUUUAAACUUUAGAUCACCUGUUACUUUGUACUAAAUGUGAAAUGUUUUUUUGCAAUGGGAAGUAAUAGUUGUACAUUUUGAUUAGGAAAUGCUAGCCUAAUGGUUGUGUUUUUGUAUUCUUAAGAUGAUGACCUAAUGGCUUAUUAUGUCCGAGUGAAUGGACUGUUUAUCAUCAUGCUGUGUGUGACUGCUGUCUUUCCAUCUGCCAUAUGCAGUGGUGUUGUGGUGCCUGGAGAGUGCCUCAAGGUGCUUUGGCAUUUAACAUUGACCCAGUUGCUUGGAAGUAUGUCAGCGAACCUGCUGCUGGGUUUGGAUACAAGGUGGUACAGAAUAACCCAUCAAGCUUGCUUAUAAGUGCCCCCCUGGAUCAGUAUAAGCAAAAUAGGAGGGGACAAGUUUACCGAUGUCUGGUCAGAGAUUCAUCUUGCAUACCAUUGUCAUUACAAGAGCCCAGUCAUGGGAUCAAUAUGUCUCUUGGUUUGUCAAUGACAAAGGAUCCCGAGUCACUAAACACCAUGGUAUGCGGACCAACCAUCCCAAGAGAGUGCAAAUCCAUCACCACCUACAAUGGGAUGUGCUUUGAAAUUGACCAAAGUCUUAAUGUGAAACAACCUGUCCCUUCAUCUCUGGAAGAAUGUCCUGGACAAACAGACAUAGCCUUUCUAUUGGAUGGCUCAGGAAGUGUUAACAGAGUUGAUUUUGAAAAAAUGAAAGGCUUCGUGAAAGAUCUGAUCAGGGAAUUUCUGGAAAGGGAUACUAAGUUUGCAGUUGCCCAGUAUUCAGGCUAUUGCACUAUACAUUUUGACUUAAAUACAUUUAAUGUCAUGAAUCGGGAUUAUCAAGUGAAUAGUAUUGCUCAACAAGGUGGAGGGACUUACACGGCAGCAUCCAUGAAAAAAGUUGUCCAAGAGGUAUUUUCAACGAGUAGAGGAUCCAGACCAAAGGCAAAGAGGAUCAUGAUAGUCAUUACAGAUGGACAAUCAAAUGACAGCGGGAUGCUGAAAAAUGCAGCCUCUGAGGCUGAAGCCAAAAACAUUAUUCGUUUUGCCAUUGGGGUGGGCAGAGCCUUUUCUUCGUCCUCAGCAAGAAAGGAGUUAGAAACAAUUGCCUCCUAUCCACCAAGCAACCACAUCUUUCAAGUGGGCAGCUUCCAAGCACUUGACCAAAUCAAGGAUACAUUACAGAACAGCAUUUUUCCUAUUGAAGGAUCUCAGACUACUGGGGAAUCUAUUAAGAUGGAAAUGGCCCAGGAGGGAUUCAGUGCAGUAUACAUUCCUAGGAGAGGAUUCCAGAUGGGAGCUGUUGGAGCCUUCCAAUGGAGGGGGGCUUACCAGGAAUACACAGGGAGCACUUUAUACCCUACACCACAACAGAGUGAGAACAUGGAACCAGAUAGCUAUAUGGGGUACUCCAUGGCAGUUGCUACGACACACACUCGCCAGUUUACCAUUUUAGGUGCUCCAAGAUUUAAACACACUGGACGAGUGGUGGUUCUUCCGUCCAGAGACACAGACAAGCCGAUAGAAUUUUCUGGACAGAUUGGCGCUUAUUUUGGUGCAGAGGUCUGUGCAAUGGAUGUGAAUAAAGACUCAUAUAGCGACCUAGUCCUCAUAUCAGCUCCGAUGUUCACAGACAGAGACAGAGAGGGCAGGGUAUAUGUCUGUACCAUCAAUGACAGGUCUGGGGUGGCCUGUCAAUUAAAUGCUGAGAUGACACUGGUGGGGGAUGCAGGACAGAUGGGCAGGUUUGGAACUUCUCUUGCCCCACUGCCUGACCUGAAUAUGGAUGGAUUUAAUGAUUUAGCAGUCGGAGCACCUCUAGAGAACGAUGGUCAAGGAAGUGUCUACAUAUUCCAUGGGACGAGUAGUGGAAUCAGCAAAAUCAAAUCUCAGAAAAUUUCAGCCUCAGAUGUACAGUCUGGAUUAAAGUAUUUUGGACUGUCCAUCAGUCAGACUUCCCUGGACAUGAGUUUGGAUUCUCUCCCAGACUUGGCCGUGGGAUCAAAGGGGGCUGUUCUCUUACUCAGGUCCAGGCCUAUAGUAACAUUGAUGGCACGAGUUUCCUUCAACCCACCCAAAAUCCCCACCAACCAGGUGGACUGCAGUACACCUCUGAGAAACAUUGCUAAAGUCUGUUUCACCAUGACCAGACAAACAACAGACACAAAAGAUCUUCAAGCAAAGAUUAACUAUACUUUAACUCUGGAUGUGACCCGCCAAGCUCCAAACUAUCGUGCUUAUAUCAGUCCAAAGAUACGGGAGAAAAGGAAUACUAUUACAUUAAGACUUCAAGAGCAAUGCUUCUCUCAUAACUUCUUUAUUGAGGCUUGCCCAGAGGACUCCCUCAAUGAACUGUCCAAUGAACUUGACUUCACAUUUGAAGGGUUGCCAACAACAUCUCCUGGUGGCCUCAGCUCUAGCCUUUCCCCGCAGUCUCCGACUGCAACAUAUCAUCCUUUAGGUUUUGAGAUCAACUGUGGAGCUGAUAACAACUGCAUUGACAACCUGAAAGUGGAUUUUAAUUUCACUGGGAGUUCUGAGGUGAGGGUUGGCAUAGAUGAGGUGAUAAAUGUGACAGUGUCAGUCGAAAGCAGGGAAGAGAACUCUUACAACAGCCACGUUAUUCUCAAAUACCCUGCAGGACUUUCAUUCAGGAAGUUCACCAUACUCCAGGGAAGAGUGGAGUGUAACUCAUCAGACAGUGUGGGAAAUGUAAUGUGGGGACAAAGUGACUGCACCAUUGACAAGCCAAUCUUCAAAAGCGAUUCUAAGGCUCUCUUAGUAAUUUCCUAUGGGAUUGAUAGAAACACUCAAUUUGGCCAAAUUAUGACAUUCACUGCAAAUGCCUCAAGUGGAAAUGCACAUUCGCCAAAGAGUGAACUUUCCAAAGUGAAAGAGAUUGGUGUGAAAUACAGCAUUUUUGUUGUGAUUAAAAGAAAUGAGGAUUCAACCAGUUAUGUUAAUUUCACUGCCGGGAAAAAUGAUUUGCAGAAACAUGUGAAACAAUCCUUUGAGGUUGAAAAUUAUGAAAGAGGCUUCAAUCUUACUGUGAUAAUCAAGGUGCCAAUGAAGCUUGGUGACAAAGACAUCUGGGCUGAUCCAAAUGGUAUACAGAUUCAAGGUUGUCAAAGACACAAGAAUGAGGAACCUACUGCCACAGAGUUUGUGGACCAACUGCAGAAAAAUCAUGCUGUGGACUGCUCUGUCGCAAAUUGUGGGGUGUUCAUGUGCAAAAGCUUCAUUCGAAAUUUGGAUCGUAACUCUUAUAACAUCACUGGUAACCUCAGCUCUCAAUGGAUUGAACAGAUUGGUCUUGAGUCUGCCCAGUUCAACUUGGUCAGCAGUGCCACUAUAGAUUAUGACAGAAACCAAUACAUCUAUUAUUCUUCGGACUCCAAAAAUAACCCACCUAUACAAAAGAUUGAAACUCAGGUGGAGGUGUAUCCUGAAGUUAACUUCACAAAGGGGGUCAUUGGGGGUGUUGUGGGAGGUCUGCUGCUGUUAGCUUUGAUCACAGCUGGGCUUUAUAAGGCUGGGUUUUUCAAAAGCCAGUUGAAGCAGAUGAUGCAGAAUACAUCAGAAGAUGGACCAGGGGGUGAUGGAGAAGCUGCCUCGCCUGAAUAAUAGCAAACUAUUGGACUUGCUCACUGAAUGUGUACAAAUAUUAAAGAGGAAGUUCAGGAUUUUACAACUUGAUGUUAGAUGGUUCCUUACCGAAAAAGUAGUCUAUGGGUCAGGAAAAUCAGUAAAUCAUGGUUCGGUUUUCUUUAAAUCUACUACAAACUUCAGCUAACUUGAGCCACUGCUAACAAAAAAACGAUGCUUGUGAUAGAUGCAAUCGUGCAAUUUAGAAAUGUUAUCGGCCAAAUCAACUACAUAGUUGGUUUUUCGUUACUUAAUAAACCUUUACUGCAUAAUGUUACCAUGUGGCAACAUAUAAUUUCUCUUUACCCCCUUACUUCCCUAAAUGAAAAAAUACACCAUGGCCUUUUAACUAGAUAAUAACUAGCUACCACGCACAUAACUAGCUAAGAGCUAGUUAUUAAUUUGCUCCACAAAUGAUUCUCAUAAAACAAUCAUCUUUACAUCUCCCCCUCCCCCCAAAAAGAUAACAUUUGGCCAAGAUAACAUACGACUUUAUUUACAUAUGCAUGGAAAAUACAAUUAUUUUUAUAUGUAUAAUAUUAUAAUAUCCAUUACAUAAAUAUAUAAUAGGGCUAGAUUUAAUAGUUUUUUUAAGAAAACAUAUUUUCAGAAAGUGUGAAGGAAUAAAACAAUACAAUUAUAAUUCAAACACCUAAUUUUUAUUAGAAAACCCAAUUAUUCAUGAUAUUAGUAGAAGAGUAUUACCGUUGUCGCACAGUGUUUCCAUAAGGCAACAUACAGUUAAAUAAAACUUUAAAAUAUAUUUUUUCAAACAUUGUUCUACAUUUGUUUGAGGCCAUUUGAAGUGAUGAAAAUGGAAGUGAUAGGGGGCAUGGUUCUAUAAUAACGUGUGCAGUAAAGGGUGAUUUGGCCAUUGUAAAUCAUUUGCACAGUUGCCACACUUCCAUUGAUUGUUAGUUAACAGUGGCUAAAGUUAGCUGAAGUUUGUAGUGUGUGACCACUGCAUUUAAGCUGGUACACCAUUGACAUUUUAAUUGAAUUAACAUUUUAACUUCGCUUUAUUACCAACAAGAUGGCCACCGGUCCACCCCUGUUGAAUGUUAACUUGAAUGGGAAUGUCCUAUUAUAUCCAUAUUUCUGUGAUUUCAAUAGGUUUCCUAUGGAAGAUUGACAACAGAAUUUAGAAUAAUGGAUAUUCCCAUUCAAGUCAACAUUCUUUGAUGGGUGGAUCUGCAACCUUGUUUGUACCAUUUCAAAGAUACAAUUUCAAUUUUAUUCAGAUUUUAGUAUGUAUGGAAAAAUAUGUAUGUAAAGAUUAUUUCAAAUCAAAAGAGGUCAAAAUGCACCAAAGCAUAUGGAUCAACUCAGAAAGUUAUUGUAAAUAAAAAGUUAACCUCCUGGCAACUAUCUGCCUAUAAGUUACUGUAAAAUGCUCAGUAACCCCUUUACAGUGCCGUUCUUCUCUAUUGUCGCAUGCUCUUACAAAGACUGCAGAAUUAGUAGUGGACAAAAGAGGUGCUCAACCUCAAUUAACAUAACCAUAGACCACUUAAACUGGUGCAACACUUCCACUAACCAACGUUUGGCACAAAUACAUAUUGUAGACAACGCCCACAAAUAUGCUAAUAGGGAGCCCCCUGCCAGUACAUUGCCUCCCACCUACAAUUCAAAGUGCAUAGAUGAUUGCACCUUAUAUUAAAAAUAUUUUUAACCAUUACACUAGAUUACCCAUAAAAGUUACAAAACAGUACCAUGUGAGAUCAUAUGAGUACCUCUGAAGGUGCCUUAUUUGUAUAUUUUACCUUUAUGUACCCUAGGGUACAACACUGUGCCCUAACCAUACCCUUAUUAUGUUCUUGGUAAUAAAUAUGUACCUGGUGGCAAUGCAGAAACAUCAACACACCUCUGACCAAGAGGUUGCAAGUUCAAAUCCCCAAAGCAUAUAUUCAUACUUUACAUUAAGUGUCCCAGAACCCUGCUAUUUUUAUGUUGGUGUUGCCCACCUCCAAUGUCAUACCCAGAGACCUGGUCACGUAGCAGGUAAUUCAGGUCGCUGGCAACCUGGAGGUUGCAGUAAAAAUACAGUAAAUAUCAUCAUUUACAAGUUAUUUUAGGGCAAUAAUACCCUAGUAAAUUGUAUAUUUACUGUAUUUUUACUGCUACUCAGUAGCCAGUGUUUACUGUAAUAUAUAAUAAUUAUAGAUCAUUUUUAACAGUCUGAGAAACCUUUAGCAAAGUGCAGAAAUGUAUUCUUCCCAAUAAAUCUGUGGCAAUCGCUGCCAUGCUCAAAAAGCAGAACAUUCCUGGUCACUGGUAACCAGAAGGUUGUAAGUUCAAAUCCCAGGAGAGGUUGAAUCCCACAUGUCAUUUUACAGCAAUAACAUCUUAAUUCAGGUGUAAAAAAACAUUCAAAAAUAUUGUAAUUUCAGUUGUUUGAAGCUUGUGUACAAAAUGAAAGUUAAAGAUGCCAAAACGAUGCUUAAGAAUGGGACGCAUAGAAAUAGCGCACAUAGAACACAUCUUGCACUUCUUAGACUUACUUUCAAUGAUAAUGACAGAUCUAUAACUCACAUUUCUAUGUGAAUUUGGUCAGGUCACCCAAAAGGUUACAUAUUGCAGCUUUAAAUGAGUAAUCUUGCAGCUUUAAUUUAACUGUAACAUUUCUUAUGAAACCUUCUGGUAUUUGUAUGGCACAGACAUUGUGCUACAUAGUAAAUGUUUGUUUUAUUGUUCUUCACAUUUUAAUUGAUACAGUGACUAGAUAGCUUGCUUUAAAUUCAUCCCCUAUCCUUGUGCUACUGGGUACCAAUGAUCAUGUUCAUAAUUCCCUCCAAAAAUGAAUGAAUCCAAUCUUCCAACUGGCAAGAUAUCCAUCUGUUUGUUGGAAGAUUGGAUUCAUUUUUGGACAUGAUCUUUGGUUUCCAAUUUGCAAUAGCUUAGAGCUUACAGUACAUGUCAUGAGUUAGUUUAGUUUAUUGAAACAUACCAAGCAUGACAAUAAAUGUAAAUAUUUCUACAAAAUAAACUGCCAAAAAAACUAAA